UACUCUGUCAUUCCCUACCAUCUCUAUAUUCUCUGCAAAUCAUAUCUUCAAGUAUCAAAUCUCAUAUAUUUAUUCGGCCAUGCUUCCAGCUGAGGUCGCCGGAAUCCACUAUCUAGUUCCCGAACCUCCAUCCCCAUUUCCUACUAACUUGGGUAUGAUGCAAAACAACAUACCAUUACUCCACUACAAUGGAUUCUUAACCAACUAUCCGAAUUCUCAAGCCUCUCCUGUCAACGAGUUCACUCCGCAGUCGUGCAUCAGCAGUAACUCGACUUCUGAUGAAGCAGAGGAGCACCAACUAAGCGUCCUUCAUGAAAGGAAGCAGAGGAGAAUGAUUUCGAACCGAGAAUCUGCUCGUAGGUCGCGGAUGCGGAAACAGAAGCACCUGGACGAGCUCUGGUCGCAGGUGGUCAGGUUGCGAACAGAGAAUCACGACCUCAUAGACAAGCUGCACCACGUGUCUGAGCGCCAUGACAGGGUUCUUCAAGAGAAUGCACGGCUCAAGGAAGAAGCUUCUGACCUUCGCCAAUUGCUCGCUGACUUCCAAAUUGGUAGUCCGUACUAUGCCUUAAGAGAUCUGGAGGAGGUUACCUGCAACACAGCUCAUCUCAGGGCUGAAUCUUCGAACCACUCCAUCAAUACUUCCACAAAUCUGCUCCAUUGAGAGAGGGGCUGUCCUUCACAGUUAGGUUCUUCACCCCUUCCGUUCAGUACGGAUGUUAAAUGAAAAUUCAUAUUUUCCUUCACUGAAUCUGUAUGUGAUCACAGUUUGGAUGUAAAACGAUAAUUUAUAAUUUCCUUCACUGAAGUUGUAUGCGAUCAAAAACAGACUAUCGAAUAACAUCUUUUAGCAA